UCUGAUUUUUGCCAUGCUCAGUAGGGGGUAUUUCAUUUUUUUCAUUUUAUUCACUUAAUGACAUUUAUUCGGUGGAGAGUAGGCUUUUGUAGGCCAUCAUGAGAGAAUAAAAUUGGUUUAAGUUGCACUGGAAUUUUUUUUUGAUGCUCUCAUAAAUACCCAAGUUGGAAAAUUAAGCCACAGAACAAACAGGAAACUAGUUCGAUGACUGCUCUGAAUUGCUCUUCUGUGGUUAAAGAAGCAUUGGUCCAGGCAUAUUGAUUUAUGACCACAAGCGUUGUUUGUUACAUGAAACACCAUGUGAACACUUCUAAUAAAUGUUGAGAAUGACAAGCUGGUGCCAAUUUAAAAGUUUAGUUUUAAGAUAAAGAUGAGGGGGAGAAAGGAAGAUGUUUUUGCAUAUUGAAUUACACUUCUUGUUUAUGAUUCAUAAUUCGGUGGUUAUUUUUCCCAUCGUAUCUUCCCUUGAAAUGAUGAUCUGUUUAUUACAUGCUGAUUGGUUGAAUAAUUCUUUCAGAGAUUUGUUUUCUGGCAUCGCUUAACAUUCUGGGUUUUCAUGUGGGAUUUGUUGAGUUUUAGAUGAUGUGACAAUAUCUGGUAUGUAAUGUUAAAGUUGGCUGAGUUCUCGUGUUGAAGUAACCUGAUUUGAAUUUAUUAUGUUUUCGCUUUGUGUGUGGCUGUUUUGUUGCCCUUGACAACAAUGUCUUUAUGUGGGUUAGGCCAACUUCUGUUGGUAAUUUGCACUGUGCUCGCACGCCUCUAGCUUGUGAUCCUGUGACGUCAGGCCAAUAGUGGUGCAACCUUUCAAGUCUGCCAAACAACUUGAUUGGUUUGGAAUGGGGUUUUUUUCCCAGUUUAAUUUGCAUAUCUUUCUGUCAGACAUAUGCCUUUCUACAUGCAUCAUUACCGAUCAGACCACUUGCGAAACCAGCUGAAGACAGGAAGAAGAUGGUACUUCGAUUUAAAAAGAAUGUUAUUGUCUUUCUCCCAUGAAGCUGCAUUGUAUUUUGCAUACAUUUUGGUCGUCUGAUUUGCUGUGCAGCAGGAAAUGGACAUGAAUUAGAAAACUGGCUGCUGUUCUAGAUUAUGACCUCAACCAAGAUCAAUCGCUACAACCGUUUUUCAGCAGGUGCAACGAACAUACCCACAGCAGACAGUACAAGUAUUACAAGAAUGGAAACGACUUUUGGUCCAGCAUAUUCCACUGUCACUACCAUCACUAAAGCUGAUGGGACAAAUACCUUCAAGCAGCAUCGGAGGACCCCGUCUUCCUCUAGUACACUGCCAUUUUCACCCAGGGAUGAGGAUGAUGCAAUGCCUCCGAUCAGUACUCCACGUCGAUCGGAUUCGGCCAUCUCUGUACGGUCCCUGCACUCGGAAUCGAGCAUGUCUCUCCGAUCCACGUUCUCUCUACAUGAAGAGGAAGACGAGCAGGAACUCUUGGUUUUUGCUGAACAGCCAUCAGUAAAAUUAUGUUGCCAACUUUGUUGCAGUGUGUUCAAAGAUCCUGUCAUCACAACAUGUGGUCACACAUUUUGCAGAAGGUGCGCCCUAACAUCUGAAAAGUGCCCCGUUGAAAAUGCAAAGCUGACCGUUGUAGUUAACAACAUCGCAGUGGCAGAACAGAUAGGAGAGUUGUUUGUCCACUGUAAAUAUGGCUGCAAGCCAGCUUCGAAUGGAAAACCAGGCGCCUUCGAAGUCAACUCACAAGGAUGUCCAUUUACUGUCAAACUGAGCUGUAGAAAAGAUCAUGAGGGCAGCUGUGAUUACAGGCCUGUUUAUUGCCCGAAUAACCCAAAUUGCCCACCGCUGUUAAAAAUGAAUCUUGAUUCCCAUCUUAAACAAUGUGAACACAUCAAAUGUCCCCACUCGAAAUAUGGGUGUGCGUUUGUAGGGAAUCAGGACACAUACGAAGCCCAUCUGGAGGUGUGCAAGUUUGAGGGCCUGAAGGAAUUUCUUCAGCAGACGGACGAUCGCUUUCAUGAGAUGCAGGUCGGACUGGCUCAAAAGGAUCAAGAGAUCGCCUUCCUCCGGUCAAUGCUGGGGAAACUCUCUGAAAAACUCGACCAGCUGGAAAAGUCUCUGGAACUGAAAUUUGAUGUUUUGGAUGAAAACCAAAGUAAACUCAGCGAGGACCUGAUGGAGUUCCGCAGGGAUGCCUCGAUGUUAAGUGAUGAACUUUCACAUAUCAAUGCCAGAUUAAACAUGGGAAUCCUGGGUUCUUACGACCCUCAGCAGAUAUUUAAGUGCAAGGGUACCUUUGUGGGUCACCAAGGACCGGUGUGGUGUUUGUGUGUCCACUCUACGGGCGAUCUCCUCUUCAGUGGCUCCUCAGAUAAAACAAUCAAGGUGUGGGACACCUGUACCACAUACAAGUGCCAGAAGACACUGGAGGGACACGAUGGUAUAGUCUUAGCUCUUUGCAUUCAUGGGAACAAGUUGUACAGUGGCUCGGCAGACUGCACCAUAAUUGUUUGGGACGUUCCAGCUUUGCAAAAAGUCAAUACCAUUAGGGCACACGACAAUCCAGUUUGCACUUUGGUAUCGUCUCAAAACAUGCUCUUCAGUGGCUCACUUAAAGCUAUUAAGGUUUGGGACAUUGUGGGCACAGAUCUGAAUCUGAAGAAGGAGCUCACUGGUUUGAAUCACUGGGUACGGGCACUGGUGGCAUCUCAGAACCAUCUUUACAGCGGGUCCUACCAAACAAUCAAGAUAUGGGACAUAAGAACUUUGGACUGUGUGCAUGUGCUGCAGACUUCUGGCGGAAGUGUUUAUUCUAUCGCGGUUACAAAUCACCACAUCGUGUGUGGGACAUAUGAAAACCUCAUCCACGUGUGGGAUAUAGAAUCUAAAGAGCAGGUCCGAACUCUAACUGGUCAUGUGGGCACAGUAUAUGCCUUGGCUGUGAUUUCAACGCCAGAUCAGACCAAAGUCUUCAGUGCAUCUUACGACCGGUCGCUCAGGGUUUGGAGUAUGGAUAACAUGAUCUGCACACAGACCCUGCUCCGUCACCAGGGCAGUGUCACCGCACUAGCUGUCUCCAGAGGACGUCUCUUCUCGGGUGCAGUGGAUAGCACAGUUAAAGUCUGGACCUGUUAGGACACAAGAUUUCCUAAACGGACUGCAGCAUUCUCCGCGGCUCAAUUUUCCAAUGUGGAGGUUUUUAUUGGAAUGGAAGCAAAGCCAACACGACGUGGCUGCCACAAUGCAAUCUGUUCUAAGAUUGCAGAUCUUUUUUUUUUCUUCUUUAAUCUCACAAGCGUGAUAUGCUCUGUAAAGGAAGGCACAGCAACAGGUUUUCCAGUGGGGAAAUAAUUCUCCCAUUGCCAGCCCACUAGAAUUAACCAAGUUGUGAAGGAAUUGAUUGAAGGUGUGGCACAUGAUGUGCACUGUAAAGUAGCCUUCAUAAUUAUGGUGUGAUUUUUUUUUGUGUAGUUCAUAUAUGUAGAGGAGCCUGCAUUCAGGUGUGUGUGUGUGUGUGUGCACCCCUGAGUUCUCCCACCUCAUUAACCAAAUGGAUCAAACCCAUUCUGAGUAACCGAAAAUGAAAGUCGCAGGGAAAUGAAUUGCGGCUCACUUAAGAGUUGACGUUGUGGGCCUUUCGUUAGCCUUGCUGUUUCUGCAUUGUUUUGCGCUGUUUCAAGUGCAUACCAACAAAAAGGCUGGUUUAUGAGCUGCAGCUAAGUGAGAUCUUCAACCCGUGUAUCAGCCAACCUUAAUUUGAUCUGUGUUUACUUUUAUAAGAACAAUUUUACAUUCAUGUCAUAAAAGCAGAAUUCGGUCAUUCUGCCCACCGAGUCUACUCCGCCAUUCCGUAGUGGCUGAUCUGUCUAUCACUCCCAACCCCAUUCUCCGGCCCACUCCCCGCAUCCUGUGACACCCUUUCUAAUCAAGAAUCUCUGCUUUAAAAAAUCCCCAUUUGUAUUCUAGCAAUGCAGUAUGAUCAUUGAAGCUGCACUCUCUUUACUUUCUGUAUGCCUUCUUAACACAAAUUGUCACCAAACAGCUGUAAUGAGGUACGAUUUCUCCAUCCUGCUUACUCGCUUGGCAAAUCCAGUGUUCCAAAUAAAAAAAAUCAUCCUUUGCCAAUGUUUUAGCAGCUGAGACAUAACAACGAUUUCACAUUGAAAGUAAUAUCUGCUGCUGCUGCUUGCUCAUUUCUAUUUUAUAGUGGUUCAUACAGGAUCGUUACUUAAUUGCUGUUAAAAUGAAAUUAAUAAGGUUUUAAAAUGAGUCUGGCUGCAGCAAACUUCUUGAACAAUCAGUGUUGUGCAAUUAUUGAUUUUGACACAGUACAUGAAUUUUAAUAGGAAGCUUAAAUAGACGUGAAUAGGAAAAUGGAAUUGUCCAUAGCUCCCUUUUUAUGUGUUUCCGAAGCUGGACAUGUAUGAGGUCUUUCCUCCCACUGGGUCUCCCAAUAGUUCACUGACUAAUAUACAAAAUGGUGCAGUACUCAACCCCAGUAUCUAGCUAUGUUUAGAUCAGCCAGAGUGCUUUCAAUUGCCCUCUGUAUCCCAAACCCAGGCGACCCAAGAUUCAUCCAGGAUCCCAUUCUGUUCGUGUGCCAUCUUUGUGGGGUUUGCAUGUUCUCCCUGUGACUGCACGGGUUUACUGGAAUAUCCAGUUUCCACUCAGGUAGGCCAAAGGGGCCUGUUUCCAUGCUGUAUCUCUAAACUUAACUAAACUCCUGGGGAACAUUGGCACUUCAUCAAAAUCACUAACUUGAGAGAGGAUGAGUAGAAAAUUGUGGGAAAGGUUCCAGUUUUUGCCCUUGGACACAAUGUGAGGUUGAUAUUCAGAAGUCAGUGGCUUUCUUCCACUAAGAGCCUUAGAACUGAUAUCCAAUGUGAAUUAUGCAUUUGUGUACAAGCGUUGCCUCUUCGUUGCACAUGAAAUAUCUGCUGUUUACUAUUAGAAUGCAUGUAAAUGCACAGUUUACUAUUAAUAUAGUAAAACCAUACAUAUUUGGUGCAAUCACCCAUGCAAGUAAGCACCAUCUGCAUGCGUAAAUCUUCCUUUUUCUUAAAUUUUAUGUGGCACAUGAUUUAAAAGCUAUAAAUAAGACCCAGUCUAAAAAUUAAACAAUUCCACUUGUUCAGCUGCUCUAUAUUAAUGUGCAAGUCUAAAUUGUUGGCUUCUGGGAGUUAGAAUAAGGUUGUGUACAUAGAUUUACCCAAGGAAGGAUCCACCUGUUACAAAAUGUAGUAUAUAUUUGAAUAUAUCAAAUAUUUCAAUAGGAAUCAUUUAUAUAAGUAUAGAUAUCAUGUGAUUUGAGAUUGUGACUGAAAAUCAAUAUUCAAUAAUCAUAGAUUAUGGAUGGAUAUUGAAUGAAUGUUAACUGUGUACAUGAGAAUUACAGGUAGACAUUUUGUUAGUUUACAAUGCAAGCAUACAUUUCAACAUGAUUGAAAGCCUCCACAAUGCGUGCAUUUGGUUAAAAUUAGCCUGUUUUAAAAAUAAAAUCUUUUCUAAUGAGAUAAGUGCCUAUUUUUUUAGAGCUCGACUAUACCUGCAUUUAGCUCAUGGCCACUAGUCACAGCAUUAGUCGUAAAAUGGAGACACAAGGAACUGCAGAUGCUAGGAUCUUGUGUAGAACAUGCAGUGCUGGAGUAACUCAGCGGGUCAGGCAGGAUCUCUUGAGGACAUGGUCUGAAGAAGGGUCCCAACAUGAAACGUCGCUCAUCCAUGUCUUCCAGAGAUGCUGCCUGACGCGUUGAGUUACUCCAGCACUUCAUGUUCUACACAAGAUCCCAGCAUUUGCAGUUCCUUGUGUUCCACUGCAUUAGUCGCGCUAAUCUAUCUGUUGGUGAACAGGCAUGUGGUGAAAGCUUACCACAGUGAACAUUUCAGAAAUGCACUCUAGCUGAGAUAAGAAACGUUAUCCCCUGGUUUGUUGCGUUGAACGCAUGUCACUCGCAGCCCCACACAUGCAAAGGAGAUGUGUAGCUGCAACAGUGUUCUCCAAGGAAACUGCAACCGAACUGGCAUUGUGCCUGUUGUAGAAGGGCUGGUUUCAUGUCACUUAAAUUCUGCAUUGCAUGCACACACGCACGCACACACACACACACACACGUUUAGCAUGGAUGUAUUUUAUAUUGAAACAGAGAAUCUCUGUUUUAAACACCUAUUUUUUAAAAUUAUAAAUGUUUUAAAGAAUAAUUAGUUGGAAAAACUGCAACAAAUACAAAACAGAAAAGGACCAUGCAUUUUGUCGGCCUCUUUGUCCUGAUUUGCAGAACUAUUUAGAAAUGCCUUACCAGGUUUAUUUUCAGGAGUUCAGUACUUGAAAGCCAGCAGACUCUUCACCUGUUGGAAAAGUGGUUUGGUCUGUUGUUUUGGGGCAUUGCUGAGAAAUAUAAACUGAGACUUAAACGCAAGUUGUUGCCAAAUGCAUACUUGAUCCAGACAUGGGUUUUGAUUUGCCAUUCCAAAUCGCUCUUCCUUCCACCCUCCGCCUCUUAUCAUACAUAGUUCUGCCCAAGCAAGAUAAGCGAUAAAUUAAUCAAGGUGCCAUUAUAAUUUGUGUACAAUGCCCCAUUCUACUGGGUGCCUGCCACAUUGAGGCCCAGACACUGUCAACCACUUCGAGUAUAUCCAUCUGCUGCUUCCAUCAUUGUCUGGUACCCAACUAACCUAGAGAAGUAACCAAAGUUCCUUACCGUAAAUUUGCACCAAUAUUGUGUUGAAAACGAUUGUGAAACUGAUGUGUUAUGUGACUGUAAAUUUUUAUUAUUUUGUUAAAAGUAUUUACAACAAUAAAUCAUCCUUCCCAAC